AUGGCGUCUCCAGUCGAAAUUUCGUUGCCCAACGGGCUCAAGUACAGCCAGCCCACGGGGCUCUUCAUCGACAACGAGUUCGUGCCCGCUGCUGGCGAGAAGUUCGUCGUCAUCAACCCCGCGACGAACGAGGAGGUCAUUACUCUGCCAGGCGCCUCCGAGGAAGAUGUCGAUAAGGCUGUGGCAGCUGCUCGUCGGGCUUUCGAGGGAGAAUGGUCGGAGCUUGCGGCUGUUGAUCGAGGGGCCUUCUUGUACAAGCUUUCGGAGCUGAUCGACCGCGAUCGGAAGCUUCUCGCCAGCAUUGAUGCAUUCGAUAAUGGCAAGACAUAUACCGACGCUCUCGAGGGUGAUCUCGAUGAGUCCUACAACGUCUUCCGGUACUACGCCGGUGCUGCUGACAAGAUCACCGGCCGCACGAUUGAGACGUCGCCAGCCAAGCUGGCAUAUGUGCUGCAGGAGCCUCUCGGAGUCUGCGGUCAGAUUAUUCCCUGGAAUUUCCCCUUCAUGAUGCUCGCCUGGAAAGUCGCGCCAGCCCUCGCCUGCGGAAAUACAGUUGUCCUCAAGCCCGCUGAGCAGACCCCGCUGUCGGCUCUCUACUUCGGCAAGCUUGUCAUCGAGGCCGGCAUCCCGCCGGGCGUCGUGAACAUCAUCCCCGGCAUCGGCUCCGUCUCCGGCAAGGCUCUCGCCGGGCAUAUGGGCGUAGACAAGAUCGCCUUUACGGGCAGCACCAACACUGGCAGGGCUAUCAUGAAGGCCGCGGCCAACAAUCUCAAGAACAUCACGCUUGAGUGUGGUGGCAAGAGCCCAAGUAUCGUGUUUGAGGAUGCGGAUCUCGAUCAGGCCGCCAAGUGGUGCCAUUCCGGCAUCAUGUACAACCAGGGCCAGGUCUGCACUUCUACAUCCCGAAUCUACGUCCACGAGGCUGUCUACGAGGAUUUCCUCAAGCGAUUCGUCGAAAUCACAAAGGAAAACGCAAAGGUCGGCGACCCUUUCAGCAGCGAGACCUGGCAAGGUCCUCAAAUCUCCCAAGUCCAAUACGACAAGAUUUUGUCGUACAUCGACGAGGGAAAGGCUGCUGGAGCGCGCCUCCUGCACGGCGGUUCGAAGCACGGUUCUGAGGGUCUUUUCAUUGAGCCGACUGUUUUCGCUGAUACAACCGAGGAAAUGAAGAUCGUCCAAGAGGAAAUCUUUGGGCCCGUCGUGGCCAUUGCCAAAUUCAGCACCGAGGCCGAGGCCAUCGCCAAGGCCAACGACACGUCGUACGGCCUCGCGGCUGCGCUCUUCACAGAGAAGAUCUCCAAGGCGCACAAAGUCGCGCGCAAGCUGCAGGCCGGCAUGGUGUGGAUCAACUCAUCGGGCGACUCGCACUUUGGCAUCCCCUUUGGUGGGUACAAGUCCUCGGGCAUCGGACGCGAGCUGGGCCAGUAUGCACUGGAUGCAUACACGCAGUCCAAGGCGGUGCAUGUGAACUUGGGGACGCAGCUCUAG